AUGUCUACAGAAACCCCAAUGUCCGAGCUGAAAAUUCAGACAGUUCAGCCAGAACCCACACCAAGCCCUUCAACGACUCAAAUGGCAGUCUCCAACCUAAAUACUGCUACCACAUUGGCUAAGCCAAGUCACAAUCGUCGUCGAUUCCAGUAUUUGGUGUACGGACUAGCCAAGUUGAUUAUGGAUAUGCUUGCGGGUCUAGGAAUUGCGUUGGUGUAUGGAAUUCCAGCAGUAAUUAUAAUUUGUCUAGGGAUUGUUGUCUUUGUCGGUCUCCCAUUUGCAUUCGGGGCGGCGUAUGGAGCAGUAGCCAUGCUGAUAGGCAAUGGAAUUCUUCGAGCUGCCCACCUGGCGCAUUACACAAACAACGCAUCGGCUGCCGCCAUAGGGGCGACAGGAGCGGUCAUCGCAGCGUUGGCUCUAGGGUUGCUGUUGCAAUUUUUCCAGAAGCCAAACGAAGAACGUCCAACGCCAUGGUAUGUCACUAUGUGUACCACCGUUGUCGUACACACACUGUCUGGCGCGAUCGGCACCUCAAUUCUUCAGAGACAUCAUGUCGAUCUGGGUGGGAUCGACGUGUUACAUGCGACGCGUGCUGGAGCACUCGGCGGUGCGAUUUUGGGACCGGGGUCAAUAUUGUUAGUACCUGUCAUUUUGGCGGGUCUAGGCAUCAUCCUCUCGCCCCUUUGGUUAGCAAUGACGAUGGGGCUGAGAUGGGAAUUUCAUCGCUUUCCGGCUUGCAAGGGCGCUAGUGAAAAAUUACCCAGCUCCAUGUCUAAUGAGCGCUUAAUCAUCGAUGGGCCGUCCAGAACGGAUGACGCUGGGGGAUCGUACAAGCAUAUCAGGACAGACCGGCGCUUGGUCUCAGGCAUCUCGCGGGAGUAUGAAAGUCUCAUCAACGGUCCGUGUUCGGGACUUGGUGAAUGUCCAGCCACAAUGAAUAACAUGAUGAACCAAAGUUUUAGGGCUAACCAACUGACAACGAUGAAAGGCAUCACGCCCAAGAACAGGCAAUUAGGCGAAUACAGAUAA